UCCGCCGGGGCCGCCAUGCCGGCCUCCAGUCGCGAGAAGAGCCCCAGGGUCUCCAAUGUGUUCUCCAGCGACUCCAAGGUCUCCAAGAGCCAUGGAGGAGAGCCAAAGGUGGAGGAGGCCGCCGGGCUGGUCGACGGGGCCUCCAACACUAAAAGCCCCAAGGCUAAGAAGACCAAGAGGGGUAUACUGCCUACGUGUAUCCGGUGGCAUAAAAGUGCGAAGAAAAGUGAAAAGGAAAAAGAAAAGAACAAGAAAGAUAAGAGCGAGGAGAGUAAGCCGUGUGACACUCCCCUCACAGUGUCCACAGACAGUGACAGUCAGCUACUGUCUCCCGCGUUAGAAACUCCCGAAGUGGUUACCAAAGACACAGCUGUUGUUGUGCUGCCUCAUCCCAAAGAACUCAGUGACUGUGCCGAUGUGAUGAGUGAAGUUAUGGACCAAGACAGUACCUCGAUAGACACGAGUGAGGAGAGUGUCAGUGUGGACGAUGGUGAAGGUCUCGGCUCGGUGGACUCGAACACUUACACUGCGCGUCCCAUCAGCUAUGAGUUACCGCUGUCGAAAACUCAAUCUAACCAAAAAUCGUUCCUUCAUAACCGCUAUGGCCCCAGCAGCAGUAGUCUCGGCUGCCUCCUUACUGACCCGCUGUCUGCGUCCUCCUCCGUCAGCAACGUAUCGGCCAUCCGCUCCUACACCCUACAGCCCUCUGGGGCUCCCAUCCCCACCCUCCGUACGGCGCCCAUGUCUACUCUACGUUCCCAAACUUAUCAGCCCUCAGUGUCGCCCCUGAAUGCUUUCCGUUACCAUACCCUGGAGCCCUCCACGAGCACCUCACACGACCUCUCCCCGCAGGUCAAGGCCAGCACCCUCGACACGGUUCGGGCCAGGUUCCAGAACCAUGUAAAUAAUCUGACAUAUGAGGGGAUGGACUUUACCAGCGGUGACAUAAGUCCCACUCCGGAUCCCAGCCACAUGAGUCUGGGAGGCAGGGGGUUUACCUCGCCCUUCUGCAGGUUCGCCUUAGCCGCCACAGACAGCGGUCAGGGCGGCGAGAAAGAUAAAGACAAGAAACUAAAUAGAAGUUUGUCUGCAGAGUCUAAGUGUGCAGCAAAACUUGGCGUAAAGAAGAUGUUGCUUCACAGUCGUAUCAAGGAGGAUCCUGGGCGAGACGUGAGCCCAGAGAGGAAGACUGUAGUGUGCGGGGCUCGAGCUGGCACCACCACCAGAGUCGAGCCCGUGAGCAAGAACUUGGACUCUAUCACGAUAAACUCCAACAAGUACGUUAAAACGAAGCUGAACAUCACGGUGGUGAAGACGCCCGAGGUCACCAGACGGGGCAGGUUGGGCUCCUUCAGGUUCACCCGCACAGGCAUCAGGACGUCUGUUCGUGCGUCACAGAGGAAGAGAAGAGACAUAGCUGUCCCUUCGUCAUCCACAUCCUCCUCAUCAUUCACAGUACCGUCUAUGACUCUCACAGGUGUUCCCUUGACAGUAGACGGCAAACCUAUCCCAGAGUAUGCCAAAGUUAACAAAAGAAGAAAUUCCAAAACAGACAUUGUGGACGAGAAAGAUUUCGUUGGCCGCGUGCUACCUGUCGCUUCACACCUCCACGAGUCGCCAGCUGAGAAGGCUCCUGUGGUGAAGAAGAUCGAGGCGGCAGCGUACAAGGCCAGGAAGGAUUCCGAUCCUUCACUGAAAGUCAACCCCGUCAAGAGGUCAGAGAGCUUUAAGACGGGGUCACGGUUGGGCCGGAGGAGUAGCCUGACCUUCGCCUCAAGAGCCAAGAUGAUGGAGGGUGAGAGUUUUGUGAAGACUCAGGCCAUCAAGCUGCGGAGGAAGGACUCUAAGAAUGGCCGACUGGAUAUCAAGAAUGCACGAAAAGCUGAGUACAGGUUAAGUUUCACCAUCAAGAACAGAGUUGCAGUUCUGACCAACAUGUAUAACACCAUUAGCUCACAGAACCAAGCAGGGAAUCCCAUCACGAAGUCUGACUUACCUUUCAGUCACGUCGCUGUUCACAAAACACGAGUUGUGUCGAGCCCUAGAGCGAGCACCACGUUCAACAGCAGACCCAAGACUGGAAGGGUUGAUCCAGACAACAAGGAAAAUAAAACAGAAGGCGCCCCUGUAAUGAACGAGAAGAGUAAAAAAGAGGAAAAGAACAGGGAAGAACGAAGAGGAGACCUAACUGUGACCGGUGCCAGGAAGGUCAACAAGAAGUCGACCAUCCCGAAAAAUCGUGCAGCUUCCCUUGAAAAACUUGGUGACAACAAGACUGACGAAGAGAAGGUGUGUGAGAAGAUAAAGACGGCUUUAUCUUCUGGGAAGUUCAAGGGUGAAACUGACGACUCCGAAGAUGACGUCGUCGACAAGGAUGACGAGUCGACGGACGAGGAGAAGUACAGAAGUCGCCUGCCGUCCCCCACACCUUCCUGCGACAUUAGAUACAGCAGUUUAGAGGAAGCAAUAAACGUAGACAUUCCAUGUGCAUCUCUCUCAGCUCUCGGUGCUGUUGCUUCUAUUUCUAUGAUACCAAAGACGACUAAUCCCCUUGAGGAGCACCAGAGGAACAGUACAAACGGGACCUUGGUGAAGACUUCCGAGAACGACCAGCAGGUGUUACAUUUACCUGAAAGACAAACCAGGGAUCAAGUGUUACCUUUAUCUGAACGACACGCCAAGUCCGACUCGAUGGACUCUGGUAUAUCUACUGAAGGAGAUCGACUCUCUGGGGCUGUGUCGCCCAGCUACCGCAGUACCUCUCUUACCACUUCUCCUGUGCCGGGUUAUCGCUCCCCCACGCCCGAGGACUCCUCUCUAGAGACUAUCAUCUCAACUGAUACUUGUCGGAGUGAAGAUAGUGCCAUAGCUCUCAAGACCCCGGAGAACAACAGCCUCGACCCGGAAACGAGUAUAGAAGAUCCCGAAGACAAAGACUUACAACAGGAAAAAGCUUUCAGUAGAUCCUGCUUACUGGCUGAGGAGGAAGGUGCCGCUGACAACCUCGAGUCUGAGGAGAAGGGCAUUGUGGACCUUUUAGAAUCUGAAAGCAAAAGUAACGCUGAUAUACCAAAAUCUGACACCAAAGUUAAUGAGGCUGGAGACACUGCGGCGGCCAGUACUUCCCAGUGUGAGGACAAUGCCGGUGCCGUCGAGCCAGAGGACAAAACAACUUCCGUUGAGGAUGAACUUGAUGAGACGACCAUUGAGCCAGACUCCAGGUCUGUCAACAGCAGUGUGCUGGACGACACUCACUCAGAGGUCAGCUCGGUGUGCUCUGACGCAAAGUCCAAGAGGACCAGCAAGACUAACGAGAUCCGUAUAUACACGGCCGUCAAGACAGCUGUCAAAAAUACCGUUAAGAAAACCAAAGAGAAAGACGCAGAGAGAAAGGAAGAACGAGAGAGAGAGAGAAGAAACAGAUCUCCGUCAGCUGAUCGAGAGAAGUGGUACAGAAGAGGUCGGUCAAGAGAAAGAGGAAGAGAUAAAAAGAAAGACGAAAAAGAUCAAGGAGCUAACGAGGAGCAAAGGGGAACAGGAGAGGAUGGUGAUAAAGAUGUUGAUGACAAGAUGGAGUCUCCCAAGAAAGACGGCAGAGAGAGGGAAGGAAGGACGUAUGAGAGGUUUACCUUCAAGAAACUUCGUGAGAAGAGCCAAGAACGUCGACGAAACAAAGACAAAGCCAAAGAAGAGGAGAAGAAGAGAGAAGAGGAAAAGAAAACCUCUGGUGAAGAGUCGAAGAAGGAUGGUAAAGGAAAGAGGAAAGAGGACAAGGAGGAAGGUACGUACGGAAAAUGGAGUAUACGGUCGAGGUCACGAAGUAGAGACAGAAAGAAGCACAAAGAUAAACUGUUAGAACAACUCGCCCAGGAAGAGGCUGAAGCGGCGAAGGAGGCCGAGGAAUUGGCGUCAGCAGAGGCCAAAGACUCACCCAAUCCUCCUGACUCACCUCAGCCUGGCACGUCCGGCACCAGUCUCACUCUCCCCUACAACAUGAGGGAGAAGUGUGCGAGUACAGUGUUUACUUUCGAUACUGACAGCCUCUACGACAGACCCCAGACACCUACACAGUCCAUGAAAUCCAUGACUUUACCUCCUCCGCCAAAGACUCCCAUACCUUCGCCGCCUCUCUCCGCCACAACACCUAUACCACCGCCUCCUAAGACUCCAAUACCAGCUGUCCCCACAGAGUCACCAUCAGAUGCUGCUGCUGAGUUGAAGGACACGUCCAACAUGUCGUCAAUAUCAGACAAAUCUAAUGGUGACAGUGAUAGCAGCAACGAGACGGAAAAUAUCUACGAGAACCUUUAUGCUCCUGAUCUUGAGAAACUUCACCGUAACAGAGAGAAGCUGGAGGGUCGUGGCAUCAAACCCAACUCUUCCUUCCUGUGGAGUGAUGGCGGCCAGGCACCAACUUCUUCAGAAGUUUCAGAUUAUAAAGAAACUAUUCAAGAAGAAGCUGAACCUGAACGCUCGCCAUUUACCAGACUGAUCGGUGUGAGGACGUACGGGAGGAUGGACAGGUACGGGAAGAUAACUCCCUCCGUCAAGAACAAGGAGGUGAUGCCCGAGGGACACAACUAUGCUGAGCUGCAGCAGGGAGCUGAGGACACCCAGACACUAGCCUAUGAUGACAUUGGUGCUGUCAGCGCCAUCAGCUAUGAUGACAUAGGAGCUCCGUCCUCCUGUGGCUACGACGAUAUACGGCCGCCGUCUACGGUGGGGUAUGACACCAUCAGGACUCCUUCAGAAGGUUAUGACCUGGUUAACCCUGCCCGUUCAGACUCGAGUCAGUACGAUGACUGUGACGUAGGUCUGGUGACUGCGCGGUUUGCCCUGGUGAGGGAGGACCAGUUGGACUCCAUCAGCUCCAUGUACGACGAGAUCUCUAUGUACAACGCCUCCCAGAACUCUCACUCGUAUGAGCCGGUGUAUCCCCCCGGUGUGUCCCCACAGGGCCGCCCAGGAGUCAGCAGCAUCGAGGAGGUGCCGGAGACUGAGGCCUCGACACCUGCAGUCGACGACACAGAAGACCUUGACUACGACCAGGAUGGUCCUGACGACGCCUCCUCCUACUACAGUGAAGAAGGCUCUGAGGGAGGCGUCCAUGAGGUGUUUUCCUAUAAGCUGACCCGCAUCGGUGGAGCCUUGGAGUCCACGCCCGUUGUGAACUCCUCCGCCACGCCCACCAUGCACGUGCUUACCACGCCCACAACCCCUACCACGCCCAGCACCCCGGGGUCCUCCGUCCACACAAGGAUAUACGGAGGCCUGAUGGCGCCCCUGACGAUGGCCAGCGGGGAGAGUAUGGGGAUGGCAGGGGAGAGCGCCCCCUCUCCCUCACUCUCCCCGACGGAGGGUAAGAGCGAGACCUCAGACGAGUGGAUGGACGUGAGUGACACAGAGACAGACACCAGCACGGGCGACCCCAUCACCAUCACCACGCAGAUCCCGCUGGUCCGCAUGCGUCAGCGGUCUAAGCGUUGGCGCCCUCGAAACUGGCGACGGUCGUGGAGUCAGGGCGUGAGGGAUGUGGCCGCUCAUACCCACACCCACGCCCACACCAUCAGCCACACGCAUGGAUCCAUUCCGGCCGCCCGCGAGGAUGAAAUUGAGUACUGCUGGCGUGAGGGAGGAGACUCGGAAGAGGAGGACCCAGCGACGGGUCACUACGAGGCCAUAUAUGAAGUUAUCAGCCCGGCGGAGGACGAAUGUUUCCACCGCACCGAGGAUAACGAGUUUGACGACUCCUUUGAUUCUGAUGACUCGGAUGAUGCGUAUUGUCGACUGAGGCCCCAGUUUCCAGAUGACAGUUCACAAAUAUCAAGGGAUCCUGCAGAAUCCAUGAGCUCUGAAGUGUCUGCCUCUGACAAACAGCAACCAGAGAGUCCCCUACAACAGCAGCAACAACAGCAGCAGCAACAUGGGAUCACCAAGAUUGCAGAAGCGGCAAACUUAGGAAUGCGGAGACUGCGGCGGAACUGGUCAUUGACAAAAAAUGAAGUCAGAACAGGCUUGAGUCGAAUAAAGAAGAAAAGUACCUUCAGUGUUUCAGACAUGAAGAGUACAGAAAAUCUUGCAGGUGAAGCCAGUCCCACUAGUGCAGAAAAUAAAAGGAAAUGGUCCUUUAAGAGUCAUUUUAGACGGAAAUCCUCAUCAGGCUCUGUUACCACUGUUGUUAGUGGUGGGGGACCUCCUUCAAAGAAAGAUAGUGCCACAUUUUAUCUUACCUUAACUAUUGAAACCAGUGGUCAGGAUGCUGGGGAGAUGUCAGAUGCUUCCCAGCGAACUGUUCGCUCUGACUCUGAGAGUGUCUUGUCAACUACCAGCACCCACGAGUACCAAAAGUCCAACACAUCAUCCAUAGCCUCGGUAACCACUGUAGGCUCUUCUGAGAAUGCCGUGCCAGUAAAACGUCCUACCUCUGUCACUUAUAACAGAAAGAGCUCCAUAGGCUGUCCAAGUUAUGGUCCAGUAAGACCACGUACCGCACCACCUGCUCCGCCACCAAAAGAAAAGAGCAGUGAAGCAUUUUCUGGGAGAAGUGAAGGAGAAGAACUCAGCAAAGUUGAUGUUGCAUCUAGACUCAACCAAUUGUUGUCUUCUGGACCUGUUGCCCCUCCUGGUCGUCGAGUGCUUCGUACUUCUGAGGGUUCAAGCAGUGACACCUCCCCUGUUCCUGUUUUGGUUCACCCAGAAGACAGUGUGCGUUUUGGACUACGGCCCAAUUGUAUCAAAUAUGCCACCAUUGACAUGAGUACUUUGGGGGCCAAUGCCUAUCCUGGUGGGGAUUCCAGUGGAGAUGAAAAACUGCUAGGCAUAGACAUAACUCAUUCUGUAAAGCUUAAUGUUCCUCAGGCUCGUAUGUCUGUUGCAUCACACGGCUCAAGUGAAGGCUACAUUCGCCCUGGGGAUAUUGCAUCAGCACCACCUCCAUUACCAGCAAGACGUACCCCAUCAACGUAUGCAGCAAACUCCAAGUCAUCAACCUCAAACAGAUCCCAGCCCACUUUUCUUCACAUGCCAUCUAGUCUCAUGGAUGGGGAUAAUAAUAGUUAUCUGGACUUCAGCUGUAAUGCUUUAAUACAGGAUGAGCCACUGUAUGUUAGCUCACACUUUGCAGACGAGCCACUGUACCAGUUCUACACAGCUACAGUGUUAGAGCGAGCUGCCCAGAACCAGGGUGACUGUUCUUCAGAAGAUGAUUAUGAGGUUAUCAACGAUGGACACCACAACCCACAAGCAGUGAAGUUACAAUCACGUCCUUCUGCCAUGGAGCUCGUCACCCCAGCCGAUGGCCGACGGACAUUGUGGUGUGAAUUACCUGAAGUCAUUGAAAGUGGUUUACUAAGUCAAAUCAGCAGCCAAGAAAGGAAAAUCCAGGAAGCAAUGUUUGAAAUGAUAACAUCUGAGGCAUCAUACCUCAAGUCUCUUAAUGUCCUGGUGACUCAUUUUGUACAGUGUCCUGAAUUUACCAUUGAUGAAGGGGAAGAUGCAGUGCUUAGUAGAAGAGAAAGACACAUUCUCUUCUCUGACAUUUUGCCAGUGAAGAGAUGUUCCGAGUUGUUCCUGGCAGACCUAGAGAAGCGCUGGCAGGUGUCUGUACAGAUCUCUACAAUUGCGGAUAUUAUCUGUAAGCACGCAAAUAACCACUUCCAGGUCUAUGUCAAGUAUUGCUCCAACCAGAUCUACCAGGAUAGAACACUAAAGGAGCUCAAAGAAAACAAUCCACGUUUCUUGGAGGUGCUCAACCGUCUGGAGUCUUCCCCAGUCUGCCAGUCCCUCGCCAUGCACUCCUUCCUUAUGCUCCCCAUGCAGAGAAUAACGAGACUCCCUCUGCUUGUGGAUGCCAUAUUUCACCGGCUUGAGUAUGGGACAUCUAUGUGGAAUGAAUACAAGGUGGCUCUUGCCACUCUUACUAAGAUCGUAGCUGAAUGUAAUGAAGGAGCCCGCAAAAUGGAGCGCAUGGAGGAGAUGCUCAUUCUUUCUCGUCAGCUGGAUUUUCGGGAGGUAAAGGCAAUUCCACUUAUCUCUGCUUCCCGUUGGCUCGUCAAGAAGGGUGAGCUAACAAGGCUGACAUGCAGAGAAAAUGAUGUUAAACUCACCUUUGGCAAGAGAAUAUCAAAAUGUACCCUUUACUUCUUCCUCUUCACCGACCUUCUUGUCGUUACUAAGAAAAAAAGUGAGGAUCAGUACAUGGUGCUGGACUACUGCUCAAGGAACAUGGUACAAGUCCUAGAACUGGAUACGACUGACAAGUUCCCUGGUCGUAUUCUAGAUGGCCACAAGAACCUCCUGAUCAUGACCAUGUUACAAAACCACGAGAACAAGACGGUUGAGAUGAUUGUUUCGUGCCCCAAGGAAUCGGACAGAACACGCUGGGUUGAGGCAGUGACUCCACGCAGCUCUGAUAACCCAGAUGAGCGCAUUUAUGAGGAGUGGGACUGUCCACAGGUACAGGCAAUUCAUCCCUAUGUAGGAAAGCAGCCAGAUGAACUCUCCCUGGAAGUGUCAGAUGUUGUCAACGUCUUGAAGAAGAUGGCUGAUGGUUGGUAUCAAGGAGAGAGAAUCAGGGACCAAGAGAGAGGAUGGUUCCCAGGAAGCUUCACUGUUGAGAUCUCCUCCACCCAUGUCAGGGCACGUAACCUCCGUCAGCGCUACCGUCUUCUGGCAAUAUCAGGCUCUCUUCUAGACGAGUUAAAGAAAGAAAAGAAAGAGAGAAGAUUAACUCUCUUGUAAGUGUUGGGCAUGUUGGCUAAUUUCCAUGAAAGGCUCUCUGGCACGCUAGGCUUUUUGUUCAUCGGUACUGUAUUGUCUUGAAGGUGAGACUGUUGCAGACCACAGAAAAAAAUCUAAAUAUCUUUAAUAAAACUGAAGAACCAGCUGAAAGAUUAAGAGAAAUUAUUCAUCUGAAGCUACACUGGGGUUGUGGCAGUGACCUACUGUAAGAGGUUCAUGAAAGUACUGACCCCUGAUAUUGUACAUCUCGGUGUUAAGAGGGUUGUGCAAUGGGCUCUCAGAACUCCUUAAAUUGUGUUCUGCAGAAGAAUGGAUGAACCAAAGAUCACCAGGGACUGGAAAUUAGUAUAUGAAAAUGGCAAUCACCAUUGCACUAGUAAUUACAGGCCAUUGAGCUUAAGCUUAAGUACUAGAUAGCAUUAUAUGCAAUGCCAUUAUGGAUCAUCUACAGUGAAACAGCCUUGUGAAGGAAUUCCAUCUCAGGUUUAUACCCUGACCUAACUGCUGGUUGUGUGGUCACAGAUCUUGGAAUGUGGUGGUAAUGUAACAGAUAGUCAAGCAUUAUAGGAAGGUUGAAUAUUGCAAAGUAGAGAAUGUUGGGAGUGUGAGAAAGAUCUGGGUGUUUACAAUAAACUGAUGUUCUCAGAUCAUUGUGAGAAGGUGAAAACUCCAAAUGAGAUGGUGGGACAUACUACAUGAAGUUCCUAUGGUAUAAUGCUUCCUUACUUGGAGAACUAUUGGCAAGGACUACCAAACUGGUACCAGAUCCCUUGCUUACCAAGAGAGAUUGGAUCAUCAUUGCUUCUACUUUGGAAGAGUAAGGAGCAUUUUAGUAGACGUUUAUAAGACACUUUAAAGGACAUUACACAGCAAGAUAUUAGAUACUCGAAUGGAAGUUGUGGAUGGUAUCCUCAUGAGAGAGAACAGCCUCCAGUGAAAGAAGCUUUAACUAAAGAAAAAUGCCUGCCCAGUUUCUUUGACAUAAUAAUUGUGAACUCGUGAAAUAAACUGCCAGACUUAAUUGAUACUGGCACAUGUUCUGGUAUAUUCAAGAGCCCAUACUUGCUAACAGUGUUGAGAAAGAGGACAGAUUGACUGCUUAAUUGGCUAGUGAGGUGACGAGUGUUGUGGAGAUUGAAAAGAGUGUAGGGGUAGAGGGUAGACAAUGAAAGAGGUGGUAUCAUCUCAAGCUCAAGAAGUCACUCUGAUGUUAGUUUGAUGGAAAAAAUUUUGAUCAGUAUAUUCAAUGAGAUACGACUUUCGGUGUGUUGUGAGCUGACAGUCUACCAACCACAGUGGAAAAUCAAUUACGGGGAAGUUUAAUAAUAUGGAGGUCAAGCAGAAAAUUAAGCAGCAUAUCAAGGAAUUUUUAUACAAUUAAUUUAAUUCAUGUAAGGUAAUUUAAAAAUCUGUUAAUAAUAAAUGUACUUUUGAUAAUACAUCAAAUUUGUAAUUUAAUGUAGUAUAUACUAUUAUUUCAAUCAGAGCAGCUGCAAUCAACAUGAUGACUAAUUAUUUAUAGGGGCAAAAUAAGCAGUCAUUAUUAGUUUUUGAAUAUUUUAAUUUCAACUUUAAAGAAUGAUCAUUUAAGCAGGUGAAGAAAACAUGUUAUAUAUAGUAGUACCUGUGUAAUGACCUGACUCAAUUGACAUGUCAAACAACUGUGACAAGUAUAUUGAAAUUAUUCUCUAAGGCAUCAUUGUCAUAAUGUUAAUAGAUAGUUCAUUAUUCUUUUGAGAAGAAAGUGGAUUUGUUACAACUGCUAUUAAGGUUUUAUUCUAUAACUGUUAGGCUAGCAAACUCAUGGGAAAACAUUUUAGCAUGAGAUAAAUCAACAAGUGUAAUGGACAAAACUUUUCUUUUGUUGUUGUUGUUGUAAAGGUCUUGAAGAAUAUUUUAUAAUGGAGGUUCUGUGUUGUAAAUAAGAUUAUGAAUAUAAUGUUCAUUAAAAUCCAGUAUUUGAACUUGUACAUAAUUGUCUGGUAAAUGUAUCAGAUGUAACUUUAUCUUGUAUAUAAUGUUUAUCUUUAUUAAAAAUACAAGUUUU